AUGGCCCCUCUCUGGCCAUGGCUGGGCGCGUUCCUAGCAGCACUUCCGGUGGCUCUGGCUGGCCACGGUGACCCCAUCGCGCAGAAGUACAUUGUCGAGUUUGCCAACUCCCAGACUUCAUCUGCAAGCUUCCUGUCUACUCUAAACAAACACGGCAUUCAAGCAACUCUUAACCAUGACCUGUCUUUCGAUCUCUUCCACGGUGGUUCAUUCACUCUCGAGGAUGACAAGAACGAAGCUGCCGUUAUUAAACAGAUCUCUUCAUGGGCUGCAGUGAAGAAGGUGUCCCCCGUCAGGGAGUUGGAACAACCCAAGAGUGAAGUUUCGAGUGUAGCGCACAACUCUCAUGCCCGCCGCUCUGCUAGCUCUCACGGUUUCCGUCGCCGUGAUACCGCGGGUCACGAAAGCAACGACUAUCCUCACAUUAUGACCGGUGUUGACAAACUGCGCCAGGAAGGCUACCUGGGAACUGGUAUCAAAGUGGUUGUUAUUGACACGGGUAUUGAUUAUACGCAUCCCGCCCUUGGUGGCUGCUUUGGAAAGGGCUGCCUGGUUGAAUUCGGCUGGAAUUUCUUGGACAACACCACUGACCCGUAUGAAGGCCAUUCCGGCCACGGAACUCACACUUCUGGAUUGAUUGCUGCUCAGAGCAACCCCUACGGGUUCACUGGUGUGGCCCCGAACGUGACUCUUGGUCAUUACAAGAUCCUUGGAAAACAAAAGGUGACAUACAGCACUGACAUCAUCACCGCCGCGUUUAAGAGAGCGUACGAAGACAAGGUCGACAUCAUCUCUGCCUCUUUUGGUAGUUACAAGGGCUGGAGUGACGAGCCAUUCGGACAAACAGUCCAGAGGCUGGCCGAAGCUGGUAUUCCCUCCUUCAUCGCCGCUGGUAACGACGGAGCCAGCGGCGUGUUCCUGGGCUCCAACGGUAUCGACAACCCUGCUGGAGUUGGCAUUGGAUCCUUCAACAACAAGUAUAGUCCUCUGCUGCUCACUGGCGCUACAUACCACACCUCCAACGGUACUCAGCAGUUCGGCUGGCAGCCGGCGGCUAGCCACGACUUCAAGAACGGCACCUAUGGCCUGUACCCUGGCAGCCUUAACACAUCUAUCGUCAAUGAUUCCUGCGAGCCGUGGACCGGAACCCACCCCGACCUCUCCGACAAGAUUGUUCUGAUCCGCUAUGGUGGCUGUAGCAGUCGAGUUCAGCAGGCUAAUGCUAUCCAGGCCGGAGCGAAGAACAUCCUGAUCUACCUCAACGAGCCUGGUACCUACGAGUUUUCUGCUGUGAACGACAGCCUGAGUGGGUAUGGAAUGCUCUCCGCCCAGACUGGCGAGAAAUUCGUCAACCUGGUCGCAUCUGGCGCCGAUGUCACUCUGAAUAUGACCAGUGCCGAGUUUGCAAAGACCAUCUUCAUUAACGAGACCAACCCUCAGUCCGGCGGCCAGAUCAGUGAAUUCACCCAGUGGGGUCCUAGCAAUGAGAUUCUUCCAUCGACCGCUGUCUCUGGAGUGGGUGGAUUUAUGCUGUCGACCUGGCCUCUCCCUGAGGGUGGCUAUGCUAUCGAGAGUGGUACCUCUAUGGCCACUCCCUACGUGGCUGGUUGCGUUGCUCUUUUGAUGGAGGCUCGCGGUAAGGGCAAGGUCAGUCCCGCCGAGAUCAAGGCUCUGCUGUCCACCACUGCCAACCCCAAUGUCUUCCAUGACGGUGUCACCGCUUCACCUUUCCUAGGAUCUGUUGCCCAACAGGGUGGCGGUCUGAUCGAUGCCUACAAGUUUGUGCACGCCACUACCAAGUUCAACAUCAGCACCAUCUCGUUCAAUGACACCCAGCAUAUCGCCCCGGCCUAUAUCCGCAUCAACAACACCGAUUCAUCGCCCCGUGUUUACACUAUCGGCCACGUCGGCGCCGCCACUGUCUUCACACUCGACGGCAACAGCACUAUCCCCAAGGAGAACAAGCUUGGUAAUUUCGUCAAUCGCACCAGCCAGGGCGCCUCGCUUGAGUUCAGCUCAUCCAGCGUUAGCGUCCCUGCUGGUGAGUCUGCUGUCCUCAAGGUCACUGCUACACCCCCUAAGGGUCUCGACUCGCGCCUGAUCCCUGUCUACAGCGGAUACAUCACUUUCAACGGCACUUCAUCCAGCGAUUCUUUCUCCGUUCCUUAUCUGGGUGUUGCCACCGACAUGCGCAACGUUACUAUCAUGGACACCAAGGACGGUAACAACGUCCUGACCGAUAGCAGCACCAAGGAGCCUGUGAAGGCCGACCACCAAUUCAUUGUGUCAAACCAGAACGCCACAUCAGAGCAGGCCAACACCACCUACCCCGUUUUCGCACCCAUUCUCUCCAUGGGUACGGAUCUGCUCCUCGUUGGCGUUAAGUCAGCGAAGGGUGGCCCCAUUCUCUUGAUUUCCGAGCAGACUGCCCUUGCCAGAACUGUUGAUGGGAUCAGCACUGCCCCUACUGUUACUUCCUGGCAGGGUCAACUUGCCAACGGCUCGUAUGUUCCGGAAGGCAACUACACUAUGAUUGUGCGUGCUCUUAAGAUCUUCGGUGACCGUCACAGCUCGAAGGGCUACGAGACCAUUCGCAGUGUCAACUUUGGCAUCACCUACGCUCCCCUUGAGGAUAACUAA